UACAGAACGAAACGAAAAUAUUCCAUAAAACCCUUCUCCACAAAAUCGCCGCCGUUUCAGAGCCAUAUCCAAAGCAUCAUCUGCUUCACAACUAUAUAUACAUACACACACCAUAUCUAUCUUUCUGCAAAAACAUACAGUGUUGUGAACUUCGUCGCUCUCGACCACAUUCUACCUUCCUCAAUCAACACUCCUAUAUAUAUAUAUAAUAGGUAUAUAUAUAUAUAUAUUCAGUAGCAGUGUUACAGCAAAGAACGAACAAUUUUGUUGGUUGGAUAGACCCCGAAGAGUGGUAGCACGCAUGUCCCAGAAAAGAGGUGGACGAGGCGCUGUUCUGCAAAAGGAUGCGCCGUGGAGGGCGGCCUCCGCCGGAAAACCCAUGCCCAAAAUCCACCACUCCCCUGUUCUUUGUCUCCCCCAAAACCCUCAUUCCGAUUACGCCCUCUCAAUUAUGAAGCACCCAAAUCCAGUUGGAAGUGGGUUGGCAAAAGAAGCCAUGGUUGAAGCAGCGGGGCCGGAUUGCAUUGUACCAGGACAAGUUACCCCCAUCAAAUUGCUUGGUCUGAAGGUAUGGCCCAUAAAUGUUGACUUAAAAUUUUUGGAACCAGUUGGACGAGAGCUCAAGUCUAUUGGAAAGUUCAUGGAUUCAGCUGUUGACCUUAUGAACAAAUCGUUUAUAGAUCGGUAGCACGCUGGGUUCUCUUUCAACCAAGUCUCCAAUCGCCUGCAGUAUGCCUGUAUGAGACUAAUCAUAUGUACUACCAUAGGAGCACCAGCAGAAAAACCAUUCUCUCAGAUAGUACCAAGAGACUAAUUUACCCUUUUUUUUUUUUUUUUUUUUGGUGGGGGACGUCUUUCUGCUAUGUACCUGUGAGUCUAAAUUUGGUAACAGAAUUCCCCUAUGUCCUGGAGCUUCCAGAUCUGUUUUCUUUUGGGUGAAUAUUGGUUAUGUACUUAAA